CGCUUCCGCUUCCGCUAUCCAACGAUAGAUCAGUAAUCGGGUGGUUCUUUACAAACCAGUGGCGGCGUUUUAGACUCUUAAUAUUAAGGGAUGGCGAUUUAUGGAGGGUUUGGUGGCGGGACGUGCGGAGCGGCCAUUCGCCUUCUUGAACCGGUGGGGCUGCCGCUUUUGCUAAGCCCACUUGGUUCUAAUAUCGUAAUUCGAACAGCUUGUUGCACUGUGGGGAUUGCUUUGCCUGUAUACUCAACUUUCAAAGCUAUAGAGAAGAAAGAUCAGAAUGAACAGGAAAAAUGGCUUUUGUAUUGGGCAGCUUAUGGAUCUUUUAGCCUCGUGGAGAUCUUCUCUGACAAACUUCUUUCGUGGUUCCCUUUCUAUUAUCAUACGAAGUUGGCUUUUCUCGUUUGGCUCCAACUCCCCAGUGGCAAUGGAUCAAAACAUUUAUACUCAAGACACUUGCGUCCAUUUCUUCUCAAACAUCAAGCUAGAAUUGAUCGACUGCUUAAUCUCUUGUCCAAUGAAAUUAACAAGUUUAUUAGCAAUCACAGAGGAGAAAUUCAUUUCGUGAAAGCUGCGGCAAUUAAAUGUGCAACAACAGCAAAUCAGAUGGUCAACGACAUCGUUCAGAUGGCACUACCUGGAGGGAUGAGGAAUACAGUUCAGGACCAAAACUCGCGCUUGAGACAAGAAGCAGACGAUUCAGAUGGUGAGACCGACAAUUGAAGUUGCAGCAUGAUCGACGGCAUAUCUUAGAAGUAGUAGUUAUGAAAGCAUGCUAAUGUCCAGUUGUACGAAAAGUUGUUCUAUUGAUGCUUUCUUAAGGCUAAGUGUAGAGUGACAUCCUGAUAUUUUGUAAUUAUCACCUUGCUCUCCUCGUAUCUGAAAAUCUACAUUUAAUUCUCCGGAACAUUUAGCUGGUUUGCAAGCGCCUUAUCUUCAGUAAA